CGCGCGCACUGGCCUGGCCCGCCUUCUGGAGACCCUCCUGGCCCGGCAGGCAGUGCGCCGGCAAGAUGGCGGUGCCCAGCGAGCCCGCGGGCUUGUCCCGCGGCGGCCUUUUCUCCUUCCUGCCAGGCGGCGCGCUCUCCGAGGUGACCGAGGACCUGGUGACCGACGCGCGGGGCCGUAGUCCCGGGCGCAAAGACGCCCCCGUCUCGGCCCGGGCCUCGGCCUCAGAGUCUCAAGGCACAGAGCCCGGGAAGCGGCCCUGCCGGGCCUGCGUGGACUUCAAGUCGUGGAUGCGGACCCAGCAGAAGCGAGACAGCAAGUUUAGGGAGGAUUGUCCACUGGAUCGGGAGGAAGUGGGUCGCCACACCUGGGCUUUCCUCCACACCCUGGCCGCCUACUACCCGGACACACCCACUCCGGAACAGCAGCAAGAUAUGGCCCAGUUCAUACGUAUAUUUUCCAAGUUUUACCCUUGUGAGGAAUGUGCGGAAGACAUAAGGAAGAGGAUAGGCAGGAACCCUCCGAACACAAGUACUCGGGUAUCCUUCAGCCAGUGGCUAUGCCGCCUGCACAAUGAGGUGAAUCAAAAGCUGGGCAAGCCUGACUUUGACUGCAUGAGAGUGGAUGAGCGCUGGCGUGACGGCUGGAAGGAUGGCUCCUGUGACUAGAAGAUGGCAAACCAGAAUAUGUGGGACAUCGAACCAGCAUCCAUGGGCAGCCUAACUGGAGAGGGACAGGAUACUGAUUAAAGUACAUCUGCGCUUUGCAAAGCCUGUUGUCUCAGUUGGGUGGUCCCUAGGACACUGUCCAUGGGGACCCUUCUUUCAGGAUUAGAGAACUGGAGAUGCUUACUGCAGGCCUCCUUAGCUGAGGCUCCAAGGGACUGAAGGUGAGAGAGGCCCCAGAGUAGCUCGGGCUGCCCCUUUGCCCUUCACAAUGAAGCCUCCUGCCCACCUCAUACUCUGGACAUAGUUGUCCCACGGGAAGGUAGGCCAGACCUCUGCCUUCCCACUGCAUAGGUAGGGGUGCUUACAGAACUGUGGCCUGGGCAGCUCUGUGCUGUUGCCAUUUCAGAGUUGAGGCAUGGGGCUGAGCUGUCUAUUCUGUGCUUGGUCCCCACAGGGAAACCUCUGGCAGGGUUUUUCUUAGGGUGUACCCAUGAUGCUGCCCACUGCCUGCCUGGCAUAUGGCAUUCCAUAGCUUUGCCAGGUCUGUCAGCAGGGGAUUCUGGGAGCAGCUUCCACUGAGUUGAAGACCAAAAUAAAAUGAAGUGACUGAG